AUGGCUGCGGUCGUUGUCGGUGCGCAUGACCAGUCCUACGACGAGCCCAAGGUCGAUCUCCAAGUCCCAUCAUGGCAGGACACACUUUUUGGCACAAAUCAUCAGCCAGACUAUCCAGACCAGCCAACUAACACUCCAGACCCGCUGCUCUUCGUUCUCCCGCUUCUCAUCGUCCUCUCAACCUUCUUUUUCAUUCUGCUGCUAUUUCUCAUAUGUAUCAUAUUCAUACGCAAACGUCGCGGUAUCUCUCUCGGCGACAGCGACGGCCCAACCGAUAUGAGUCGAGAAGACUACAUCGAUGGUGAGGGCGGCUUCGAAGGUGUAGAGUCUCGCUGGCUCGAGAGUGUCGCAGAACCGGUCCGCAGAGAAUAUCUCAGAGCCAAAGACUACCAACUCCAAUAUCCUCCCAACUCACAACCAACCGAUAUCACCUUAUCGCAAUUUGUAUCCAUUCAGGAAAAAGGCGUUGCUGCCUGGUCUUUCGAACCAGACGACUUGACCAUUAAUUCCCUCCUCGUCCAUGCCCGUACAGAGAUCACUUUCCUUCCCGACCCUGCCACCGCUUCCAGUGUUCAGUCCAACCUCCCGCUUCCCAAGUUAAACGAAGUCUAUUAUUGGGAGGUCAAAAUGUUCGAUCUUCCGGAAACCACCACCGUCGCCGUCGGAUUGGCAACAAAACCUUACCCAGCUUUCCGGUUGCCCGGUUUCAACCGUCAUUCCGUCGCAUAUCACUCUAACGGUGAUAGAUGCUAUAACUAUCCCUUCACCACCACUUCCUUUGGCUCUCCAUUAAAAGAGGGCGAUGUCCUUGGCGUUGGUUAUCGUCCCCGCAGUGGUACAGUUUUCUUCACCAGAAACGGCCGUAAGAUGGAGGAUGCGUUUGUUGGCUUCAACCGAUUCAACCUAUUCCCCACCAUUGGCGCAGACGGUCCGUGCAGCGUUCAUGUGAAUCUAGGCCAGGCAGGUUUCGUCUUCAUCGAGGCGAACGUCAAGAAGUGGGGGCUAGCGCCCAGUGUCGGAACGCUCGCUCCUCCGCCGGCCUACGGCAGCGAACGUGGUAGCAUCCUGCUGGAUGUCGGCGGUGGUGUCCGACCUGGUGGGAUAACAUUUUGCCCUCAGAGUGCGCCCAGCGCUUCAUCUAUCCGCUCACCUCGGCGUCACCGCCUCAGACGGCCAAAGAGCACACCUUCCAACAGUCUCCCCACAUCAUCACUCUCACGUGGUACUGGUACUUCUCAGCAGUCGUCGACUCUGCCCCAGCCACCUAGUCCCAUUGACGAAGAAACGGAUGAAAGCAAUGCUGGACCAUCAGCUAAUCGUGGAUACAUCUCGUCUACCGAUUUACUAUUCCAUACCCCCCCAUUAGAACGCCACCCUCCAUUAUCAUCCGAGGAUGAAGGUGGUAUACAGGAGGAUCCGCACUCACCAUCCUCUUCCCGCUCACGAUCUUCCGACAGUGAAGAUGGUUCGGACUUGACUAUCCAGGUGCAUCCACCACCUGAUUCGCCCCACACGCCGGACUCUCCAACCCCGAAUCAAGAUAUUCGUCUACAAGCUUUACCCAGUGCUCUCUCGCCGCACCGUGGAGAGAUUGACAGCGGGGAGUCGCUUUCAAGGCGCGACCCUCCCGCGUACUCUCCACUGGAUGCAUACGCUUAUCCGGAAGGUGUUCAUAUUGACUUGCCCGCGGAUGUCAUAGCUGCUGCGCUAGAAGGGGGCGCGUUGCCUGCCAGCUCGAUCGGGCACGGUUCGAGCGCACGAUCCGAAAGACGUCGCACUCGGCGGGAGAGACGAUAA